AUGGCGUUGCGCAUUUUCCGCUGGGCAGGCGUACUGUGUGUAUUAGGAGGCCUAGCGCAUGCCCUUGAUUCGGAGCUCGAAGCGAAUAGCACCUACGAUGCGCCGUUUGUCCAUUUUCUCCCGCCCAUCUUUCGUGUUGUGUUAAUGACGGCGCUGUGUAUUUUGGGCUUUGGCGUCGACUUGCACAUCCUCCAGCGAUGGGGCAUGAACUUGUGGACCAGCCGUGGGUCGGUAUACUUGCCUGUAAGCUCGGACCUAGGGCCACCUUCGCGGUCGGCGGAAGACAGCGGCGCAGGCCCACUGUUCCUCCUGGCGCUGUGCCAUGUAGUCUGGGCAACGUUCUGUUGGCUCAUGUACCGCUGGCACUUGGAUCCAACGACAGGUGCACGCACGAUGGCCUCGCAGACAUGGGAAGUCACUACUAUUGUGGGCUUGCUUGCCAUGUGGCUCGUCCCUGGCCCCUUCCGACCGCUCUUGCGAGCGUGGAAUCGGACACUCUUCCGACUUCUCACGCCGUCCCUGCGCCAGACUAUCCAGUUUUCCGACGUGAUUGCCGCCGAUAUGCUCACAUCGUUUGCCAAGGUCAUGGGCGAUGUCUGGCUCUCGAUCGUGGUGGUCGUAUACUUUAUUCGUGGCCAAGCCGUCGACGAUCAGGUGCUGGUACAGGCUGAGAUGCAGUGGGCCGUGCCAUUGCUGAUCAGUAUUCCCUAUGUAAUUCGACUUCGGCAGUGUCUGUCCGAGUACGGCUCGUCGAAUCGUGCGAUUGGCCGGCCCAAGCGGCCUCUGUACAAUGCACUGAAGUACGCGUCAGCGCUGCCUGUGAUUUGGCUGCGUGUAUGGCAGCCUAGUACGACGACGUGGUUCUCAUCGUACAUCGGUGUGGACGCGUUGUGGUACAUGUCUGUGUUGGUGAAUACCCUCUUUUCAUUCUGGUGGGACGUGACGAACGACUGGGGUCUGGACCUCCUGCAGUAUCCUUCCAUCCAGACCAUCUGGGCUCAGCCCCAAGCCCAUCUCCCACCUCUGCACCGGCGCACAACGUCGGACACGGAGGCCAGUUCCGCGCUGGAAAUGACGGAGCCUAGGCCGACACAUGCGCGACGCAACAGCAUGCUGCGUGCGCCAGAAAAGCAUCUUCCAUUGCCCGGUAGCGUGUACUGGGUGUUCUUAGUCGUCAACCUAUUCCUCCGCUUCACGUGGUCGCUCAAACUCAGCUCGCACUGGCAGUACCUCGUGGAAUGGCAGCGUGGCCUAUUGUUGUUGGAGGCGCUGGAAAUUGUACGUCGUACCGUAUGGGUCCUCCUGCGUGUCGAGUGGGAGCUGGUCAAGCACAGCCCUGCCGAACUGCUUUCGUAG